AUGGAUACAAAUGAUCUUAAUCAAAACGAUGAUCAUCCGACGGAUUCAAAUCAACAACAAGAAGAGCAACGUACAAAGAAAUGUCACGGUAAUCGAAAAGACCAACGUUUUAGAAAAAAAUGUCGUGCACGACAAAUGAAACCAGAAACGAUAGAAAAAUUACUAAAGAAUCGAAAACAAUUCAAUAUGAAAACAGAGAUGAAGAAGAAAAAGAAGCAGCAGCAGCAGAAGAAACAGAAGAAAAACGAAAAAUAUAACAGUACAAACAACAACAGCCGUAACAACAGAGUGCCGGAUACAACAACAGAUCGAAAGAAGGAUGUAUUAAAUUUGACAACAAUGACAAAUUCAAACAAACGCAAACGAGAUGCAUCCAUACAAACAUUAACAUCAAAUUCCGUACCACUAAAGUCAACAAGCUCAAUCUCUAUUACACAACCACCACCAAAAAAGAUGAUGACGAACGAAAAUAAACCAGUGAUCGAUCGAUCUAUGCCAGUAACAGAUGAUCAUAUGGAUAUCAAUUAUCGACGGCCUAGAUAUUUGAAACGGCCAUCAUCAACGCUUUUUCAAAUGUUAAAUAAACGAUUAAAUUAUACAUUAAACAAAAAAAUAGAACAAAGAUUUAUUUAUACACGGCUUGAACUAUUAGAUCAACACUGUUAUUUAGAUACAAAUUUACAACUAUGGCAGUCAUAUUUAGAUAUUGGCUUACCACAAAAUCAAUGGCCAAAUAAAUUCAUUGAUCAAUGUAUGACCAUACGACAAAAACAAAUAGAAAUAUGGGAAGAACAAUUUAUGUUAGAAACACGUAUCUUAUGUAAAUUCUUACCACAAAAUUUCGAUAAUUUACAAAAUUUUACUUCAUCGAUUAUUUAUACACCACUGAAUAAUGAACAAAAAGUGAUUGACUUGAAAAAUAAACAUUAUAAAAUAAUACAACAAGCAAAACGAAAUUGGUUAGAUAUUUUCUUUUCCAUUUAUGAAAUUAAAUUGCAACAAUACGAUGAACAAUAUCAAGAAAUAUUAAUACAAAUAAAAUCCUUCAUAACGACAAAGAAUACAGUUAUAAUUGAUAGUCAAACACUGUUGAAUCAAAUUAAUCAAUGUAUAACAUAUCGAACAGAUCAAUUAAAACAACAAAUCCAUGAUAGAAUGGCAAGUUUUCGAGGAUAA